AUGCCCCACUCCUGGCCAUUCUCACUAGCUGAACUCUGGCUGUGGCUGCGUUUUGCAAUAGGAAGCAUUGAUUCCUGGUCAUGCACUGAUGAGAGGCUAGUGUACUCAGGUCGGUCCUUCAGUGCCCGAGACAAGGUGUCAGGCACUGUCUUGAGUUUCACUCGCACUGAACCUUCCCUUCUACAGUACCCAUGUAAUGAUGGUGACCCUUGGGGACGCCCCAGUCCAGCCCUGUACCUGGGACAAAAGGUUUUCCUCAGCACAGAUGGAUUUGAAACCAGCCUCCUGCCCCUGACCAUCCCUUCUGAGCUAGAGACCCCAAAUGCCUCAGUCAGUGCUGCAGCCUUUGUGAAGAAGGAUCAGUUAGUAAUGGUGAUAAAUGGACAGGUCUAUCUCUACUUCUUCAUAGCUGGGGAGGAGGAAUGGCUCCCAGUACAGGGGAUAGAUUCCUUGGUCACUGAGCUCUCCAACACCCACUGCUGCUACCCAGGGCAGGACCCAGCCUGCCAGGACACCAGUCUAACUAUUUUUGCCUAUGAGACUGGGCAUUCAGCCUCCGAAAGCAACAUCUUCCUGUCAGAGGAUGGGGGCUACAUGUUCACCGCUCUGAAGCUGAGCCCAGAACUGCAAGGGGUGCUGCUUGGUGUCUACAAUUUUGUUUCCCUUUCCCAGACUGGGUUGCUCAUCAACCGCACCCACAGUGAUGGGGAAGGGAAAGGAGGAGGAGCCUAUUUCUCAUACACCGGGGGCAACAUGAGCCACAUGUACAGCCACAUCUCCCUGGGCUUCCACCUGAAGUCCACAGGGGGCCCUGAUGUCCGGGGUAUCCAGAACCCUUUCCUGUGGGGCUUCACCAUCCUCUGGACCAAAGACACUCUGCUGAUCUCCACCAAUAACGGCUUGCUUGUGGAGCCAGUGACUGCGCAGACAAAGGCGUUUUCCAGAACCUCCCCUCCUUUCCCUGGCGACGGCCUCUGCCAUGUGGCCACCAGCAACACUGAGAUUGCAGUCCUGACCCGGGACCAGCGGCUCUUCCAUGGCAGCCUAGACAUGGUCUCCACAACUAUCGUGCAGGUUAGAGAGCGCAACAGCAGCGAGAAAGGCCUGUGCAAUGCUGUGCUGAUGUUUGACAAAGUAGGGAUGCUCACCAUAUUGAGCCCUGAACCUACCAAUAAUUCCUGGGCCUAUAACUUCCAGAAAUGCACCUUGAACAUGCAGUUGCUGCUCAUGGAGCUUUGGCCACCUCUGCAAGACUGCCCAGUUGAGAUCCUCAAGGGUCAUUUCCACAACAAGAUCCAUUAUAUCGACAUGCACCAGAAGCUGAACUUUAGUGCCACAUUUGUGCCAAAGCCGGGCACUGGGGCUUUUCCAAUGGUGACUGUGAGCAACCCCCAUGCGCUAGGGUUCCAGGCAUAUAUAACAGAGGAUGGGUACACAUAUGACGGGAACACCAAGUACAGCUUGCACAUGCAGAUGCUGCAGCAGUGCUUCUCUGGCAUGGCAGAACCUCAUUUCAGUGACACCUUCCUCUCUGGCGGGAUGUCUGUCCUUACUGUGGACAUCCCCAACAAAGGCCCUAGCUGCAUUGAUAUGCAUCCUUUGUCUGCACUUAUCAAUGUAGGUUGCCCACCUACUAAACACAUUAAAGUUUUUAAAAACACAACAGCAUGCAGCAAAGGCCUGUUUAAUCAAGGCACGCUGCAAGAUAACUUCACUUAUACUAUCAGCCACAAUUUAUAUGACCCACAUUUUCUUGCCACACCACAGUUAGGUCAAAGUGAUCUUGAAGUUCUAUAUGAGUAUAACGAGCUGGGAUGUCCUCUUCUGCUGUAUUAUGAUACUCCUUGGCUGCCAAUCCUUGAGCUGUGGGAAAAUGAUGCAUUUGUGGAGUAUGUUGCUGCUGACUUUGUUGUGUUUGAAGUCAAUGGAAUGUAUAAUUAUGAUUAUCUCUUGACAGCUGCUGAAGCCAAUUGUAUCUCUCAACCUCAGAAUUGGACUGCUUUGAUGCAAAAGCAAGAUUCUCCAAAUCCAUACACUGCAUGGAGCAGAAUGAACUAUGAAAGCUGUAAGAACCACGAUGGACCUAAAUUAGUAUCACCCUCAGCCAAGUAUCAAAUUCUUGGUCAAAAUGAAAAGAACAGGAUUGUUUUUUCCCACUAUAAUGGCUUUUAUAUCUUUAAAGCCAUUGUGGUGGACAAAUUAUAUAGUUACUGUGAAUUGUCUGCAACUGUCAGUGUAUAUGUCACUGGUGCCCUCCCAAAGUCUUACAUACAUGCUUGGACAACGCUGAUAGCUUUUCUGACUAUCAUUCUGAUUGCAAUUUUGAUGGGAUAUUUCUUACAUAAACUAUCACUUAUGAAAAAAUCCCCAAAAGUUAAAGUAUUUUGAGCAUAAUCAUUUAGAAACCUAGUAUGGUGUUUAGGGAAAUUAAUGGGGGUACCGUUAAGAAUUCUCAUAGGCUAGUUUUUUAUUAAAUAAGCUCAAUUGAGGCAGGCUGAUUAAAAUAAGGAAUGCCUAUGUAUGAAAGAGGAAAUGAUAAAAGGAACUGUUGUAUGUUUUCUAACUUUAUAGAUGUUGGAGGGGUGAUGUUCUUACUCCAAGCUAUUAGAUCUUUAAAGGGUGGACGUUCCCUUAGAUCUAUUUUAACAUACUAAUUUAUCUUCCCCAAUUCUUUUUCUCAUUUUCAUGCAGUAAUCUUCCGUCUCUUGGCUUAUGUGAACAAUCCUUACUGCCUGCUAUUUUAUUGCUAAUAUAUAGCUUUUUAGUGUGUCACCUUUUGUUGAUGUAGUCAGUUACAUUAACCUAUUCAAGAGCUGGAUCUUCUAAUCCAGCUGACCCUUUCCUCAAAAAAGGCUUCCUUUGGAGCAUGACUAGUGCUUGUUCGAUGGACAGUAUGUCAAUGGAAAUCCAAGAGAUUCCUCUGUUUCCUCUAGUUUGUAUUCCUGUUGUGAUUUUCCUCCUCUCCCACCAUUUGCAAUAUUAAUUUUAGUUUAUAUCCGAUUCCAUUUCAUUUGCUGGAUGGCAGAAUACUGACAUUUCUAUUGGGUUCUAAAGAACUCUACAUCAAAACAGUGAAAUACAAUUAUUUUCCAAUAUGAGAGAAUUGAAUGGAUUCUGAAAACAUUAUUGAGGUUGAAUAGCACUUGGCUUCAAUGGGAUUACUAGCCUGAGUAUAUACAAUUUAACAUGAAUAAAGGUUGCAGAAUGUGGCCCCUGGGUUUCCUGUUGGGUCAUGUGGUCAACCAAGUAUUAUCUAUUUAAUGUAUGUACCAUGAAACUUGGUUGUGGUCCACUGCCGUGAUCAAUUCAUACUCUUCACCAUUGAGAU